CCGGAGGCCCUGUCGAGAAUGGCGAUACGUUGGGAUGUUCUGCUGGUGUUGGCGUUGCGCAGUGUUCAAGGUGCUCCACUUCCGGAAACAGGUGCAGGGGAAGCAGAUGUUGGUGAAUUCUCCUCGUCACUUCUGAUACUUUGCGUGUGUAGCUUAGUCGCCCUGAUCAUCGUGGUUGUGAAUUGCGUAUCCUGCUGUAAAGACCCAGAAAUAAAUUUCAAGGAAUUUGAAGAUGAUAACUUUGAAGAUGAAAAUGACUUCAUACCCCCUGCAGAAGACACUCCUUCACCUCAUGCACCUGCUGAAGUAUAUACACUGGCUGUUCCAAAUGUUGCAUUGCCUGCUCCAACGCAACUGCAGUCAGUCAAAAUGCAAGCACCAAUUUCACGUCAGCAUCUUAGUUAUAUCCAGGAAAUUGGACACGGAUCAUUUGGCAAGGUUCUUCUCGGGGAGAUCUACAAGGAUUCCAAUCUAGUAAGGGUGAUUAUAAAAGAACUGAAGGUUAAUGCAAGUGCAAAGGAACAACAACACUUUCUUAAAAAUGGAGAACCGUAUAGAAUUUUGCAGCAUCCAAAUGUUCUCCACUGCCUGGGACAGUGUGUUGACACGGUCCCUUACCUGUUGGUCUUUGAGUUCUGUCAGCUGGGCGACAUCAAAGGCUAUCUGCGGAGUCAGCAACAAGACCCAAGCCAUGGGGGUUCAGAGCUGCUACAGCUACAGAGGAUGGCAUGCGAGAUAGCUGCUGGGCUUGCUCACCUACACAAGCACAACUUUGUACACAGUGACUUAGCACUACGAAGCUGUUUCCUCACGGCAGACUUGACUGUAAAAGUCGGUGACUAUGGAAUAGGGCUCAGCAGAUACAGGGAGGAUUAUGUUGGAAGCGAUGAUGGGCAGUAUAUCCCUCUGCGCUGGAUUGCACCUGAGCUUGUAGGUGAUGUCUAUGGGAGUAUGGUAAUAGCAGAACAGACGAAACAGAGUAAUAUUUGGUCAUUGGGUGUCGUAUUGUGGGAGUUGUUUGAGAAUGCCUGCCAACCUUACGGUCAGCUGUCUGACAAAGAGGUGCUAAUCUAUGUUAUACAGGAACAGCAAAUUAAACUCUCUAAACCACAGCUGGAGUUGAUUCAUUCUGACAGAUGGUAUGAAGUUCUGCAGUUCUGUUGGCUAACUCCAGAAAAGAGACCAACAUCAGAAGAGAUUCAUAGGCUGCUCACCUAUCUUCGAAUGCAGAGCCAGAAGGAAUGUGAGGAUGACUUUGAAAUAAGGUGGAAUGCACUGAAGCCCAACACUAGCAGCCGGCAAGCUAUGACUUGCAAUUCGUCCUUUCCAAUCCUGGAACAUUUUGUAGCUGAUAGACUAAACCAGGAGAUGGAUGAUAUCCUCACAGUUACUGAAACGAGUAAAGGACUAAGCUUUGAGUAUGUGUGGGAGACUGCAAAACAUGACCAUUUUGAAGACCACAGGCAUGGAAAUGAAGGAGCUAAAGUAAAUUACCAGAGCAUCUUCUUUCCUGCAGUUGCUUUUGAGAAAAAUGGGUUCUCAGUUCAAAGUAAUUCAGAUGAAGCACUCACCAGAGCACGGGAUGAUGGAAGCCAGCUAGUUUCAUCUCCACUUAUACCAGGGAUUGUCCCUAUUCUUGAUGUCCAAAAUCCUUCAGUUGGAGGUGAAUACUAUAUACAAUUGGAGGAACAAGGUGAAAGUAAACUUGAUGAUGAUGAUGAAACUUUAGACCGUCCAAAUCAGAGAGACCAACAAGUUCCUCUGACUAAGGAUUCACAACUCUUGAAUCUUAGGGACAUGGAUGAUGAAUCGAGUACAGAUAUAGAUUUUUUCCCACACUACAAUACUGGCUUCCCAAAUUCUGAUAUAAAUGAAGGUUUGUUUGGUUCAUAUGCUUCUAGUAAUGCUGAAAGUCCUUGUCACACAAAUAUAUUUUGUGACAGUAGAAUGGAAGACAUAGGUUUAAAUGGAGUCUGUUUGAAGCCUGAUCAGAUCAUACUGCGUGAUCUACCUGAACAUAAUGAUCCUAAAGGAAAAAAUACAACUGUUCUAGUUUCGGGCAAAGAAACUCCCAUGGAGUCCUUAAUCCAAUCGACAUCUUUUGAAUUGAUCCCUGAUCACUUUUUAGAAGAUGAAACAAACCUGGUUUACAUGGAGAACUUUAUUGAUCAUGGUAAUAUGGGAUUACUACAUGCAGAAAAGCUGUCUUCUAAUUUCCGUUUCCUGAAAGAAAAUAAACUUUUACUGGAUUCUUCACCCUUAGGUGAGACUGGCAGUGACUUGAGGGUAGAACAUUUAGGAAAUAAAUCCAACACUUUAAUGGACAUUGGCAUUCCUUCUGUUAUGCCACAAGUCACUGCUGACCAGACGUUAACCAGUGAUCUAGAGCAUGGCGGUGGCAGGUCUGUACAGCCUUUGUUAGAAAAAGUACCGUUGCCUUCCAUUUUUAUAAGUGAGGGUAAAGAACAGAUUAGUCAGAAGUUAGAUAAAGAAUGUAUAAUGUAUGAUACCUCAGGGUCAGAAUGUGACACUACUGAUGGCUUCAUCCACAAAUGCGAUGAUGUCACUUUGCCUCAUGUUCGCUGCCAAGAACCUGCUCGGUGCAGUGAAAGUGCCGCUGCUAAUGUGUGCAAUACCGCCAAAGUGCAAAGCCUUCCAGAAGAUCUCAUUUGUGGGAUGACAAAGGAAAGCGGAGCUGAAGCUACCGCAACCAAAUCAGCAACGCAGAAGGUAGCUACUGAAAUAAGCACCUCAAAUGUUAAUGCUCCUGGUUUGAGUAAAGUUCUGUGUACAGUUGGCACAAAUGAAAAUACAUUAAGUAAACUGGUUCAAAAUACUAAUGAAAUAUCAGCUACUCCUUCACUGUUUGAGCAAACACUAGCAAAUAUUGGUGUAUCUGAAAUCUUGAGUGGUUCUAAAGGUCCUGAAUUAUUAGUCCCCAUGUCUUCAGGUCACUUAUCUGUAGAAAUACCAGAAAAGAUUGCAUCUAAACCCUCCACUGGUCUUACAAAUGUAGAUUCAUUGGCUCUCAUGUCCUCUUCCGAUUUAGUGAAUCAAACUAGUCCUGUAGAAAGUAGUAUGUCUUUGAUGCAACUCAAUUCAGAACAGUCCAUGGAAACACCAGAUUCUUUAGACUCCCUGGAGAUACAUGGAGUGUUGGGGGCUUUAGAAACACAAAGUACAGUUUCUGAAAAACUAAAGCCACCUCUUAGGCAACCUGACAGUGGCUAUGAAACCGAAAAUCUAGAAUCUCCUGAAUGGACUUCUCAGUGCUCAAAUCCAACUGCUGUUCCAACAUCAUCCACCCUCAGUGUCCCUGAUGACCAAUUCCCAAACACUUCGCCUACUGAUCAGCUCAUUACAGUUUCGAAAGAAGAUGGACAAGUAGGAGUAGAAGCCAUUGCCGGGGAGGUGGCCUCGAAUGCAUUAGUUAAUGGUCACCAGAAUUCUCAUCGAGACUCUGCUUAUUUCUCUGAUAAUGAUUCUGAACUAGAUAAAAGAAUGGAUAGUGAGAAUGCUGAUAAGCUUAAUAAGGAAACCAACCUUCCAUGUGCUGUCAGUUAUAAGAUUAAUCAGUUCACCUCUGAUCAAAGUCAUGAUAAUGUUUUGAACAGUUUGGAUUUUGAUGAACAAUCAAGCCAAGCACUAGAAGAGAACUUAAAAAGGAAUAAUGGAUCACAAGUGCAUCCUGCACAUCACAAAGGAGAAUUUCCAACUAAUGUUCAUACUGGAGAUUAUUUAACUAAGCAGGAAAUAUGUGAUGAAAGUCUGGAUGAUUUGGAUGAGGUUAACAGUAGUGCAUCAGGAUCCGUGCCGGGAGGCCUGUUUGACUUCAAAGCCGUUGGUUCUCUGCUUUCUGAACAUACGAAGGAGGAUUUGGAAAUAAUUGUUGAAAAGGACAUUAAGAAACUUUGUCUUAUAGUAAUGAAGGAAAGGCUGAAGGAACCUGAUAUUGAAGGACGGUAUCUUGGCAGGUUAGAUGAAUCUGAAUGUUUCAACCCAUCAGAGGAACAAGAUGGAAUAGAUGCAGAUGAAGAAGAUGAAAACAGUGACGAUUCAGAGGAUGACUACAGAAGUUUCUCUAUUAAUAGUCCCAGUUCAGAGAGUGAAGAUGAUGCAGCACAUCCUGUACCGAUUGUGGUGACUGAAAAUGAUGAUGGAAGGUCCCUGAAAAGUUUACUCAAAAUCACUGCAUCCAAGCCUGGUGGUUCUCUAAAGGCGGUUGAGAAAAACACAAGAUUAAAGAAGAUGGUCUCUUUCUUUGAUGAUGUAACUGUUUUCCUGUUUGAUCAGGAGACUCCAACCAAAGAAUUAGGAGAGCAUUCAGCAGGUGAAAAUAGUCAGGUUUCUGACUCUGGCAGUCCUAUCGCAACAUCUGGUUUCCAUUAUUCCAGUAGAUUCUCAAACUCCGAGAGUUCCACUGAUGAAGACGGUUGUGGUUUUGAAUGGGAAGACGACUUCUCGAUGUCCUCUCAUGAGUCAUCAUUUAUCACGCAAACAGCAGGUCAUUUCGCUGCCUCAAAAUCCACUCCUCCCCCCUCAUCAAGGUAUUUUUCACCUCCACCGGCUUUGAGAACCUCCGAGCAAAAGUGGACAGACACAUCGUCCUAUUCUCGGUUUUCUAUUUCUCCUUCGAGCAUUGCGAGCUUCUCCCUUACUCAUCUCACAGAUUCAGAUAUUGAGCAAGGAGGAAGCAGUGAAGAUGGAGACAAGGACUAAAACCAGAUUCUCUAGGGGGUGGUACUUAACUUUAUGUAAAAAAUAACAAAUCAUGUGAUAUUUUAAAUCCUUAUCAAAAAGGAUCUACCUACAUUUGCAAAGCAAGGUCAUUGUAAAUUCACAAAGGAGUAUUAAAUGUUAGAACUGUAAUAUUAAAUGUAAUAUACAUCUUAAAUUCUAUCACUAUUGAACAACUAUUAGUCUCUGACGAAGGUGGGUAUAAAAUGGCUUUAAAACAUGAACCAGCCUGUGUACACAAGACUUUCCAGUCCCCUUUAGAAUCCAUUACCUAUAACUUCAGUUUGACAGAACAUAGGAUUGUUAAUUGAUUGCUAUUUUUUCUUUAAAAUAUUGUUAAUGAAGAUUAAAACAAAUUGAUAGUUUUAUCUGCAAUUUUCUGUAUAACGUGACAUAGUUAAAUAGGAAAUGUUUGCUUUUGGAGGAGAAAUAAAAUGUCCCAAAACUGAUAAGUUAAAUUCCAUGUUGCAAAGCUUCCUACAAAAUAUUUAGAUUUGAAAGGAUGUUGAUUGUUCCAGAAUCGACAGUUUGCUAUUUAUGUAGAAUCGUCGAGUGAUUUUUUAAAAUGUAUUCUGGUUUAGUGUAACUUACUUUAAAUGAUCAUGCACAAAUAUCACUGGUCAAAGUGAGUAGGAACAUGAAUUGGGAUGCCUAUAACAUGCUUUUUAAGAUGGCUUGUCAUUUUCAAAUGCAUAUGUUUAGAUUAUUCCAAUUGCCUUUCAAUAACCCAUCUGCUGCUCUGUAGGUAGGAAUGGGGUACAGAAUAUGUGUACAGCAAUAACGAACUGGAAAAGGCUGUAGUCAACCUGCCCUGAUUGAAGAAAUCUGAAUCAAUGCAAGAUGUUCAUGUUAAAACACUAGAGAUGGCACAAAUAGGUGUAAAACAAACACUACAGUUGAGAGAGAUGUUUGGUUCUUAAAAAAAAACUUGUUUGGGGAUAUUGAUUUACAUUAUAGUGACACCCAAUAUAACAGUGUUAGCUAUAUUGUAACUAACAUUGAUAUAUUUACAGUGUUCAAAUACCUAGUUCCAAAAUUGCCAGUGCUCCCCUUGUUCUGAGACCCAUUUGAGUGGUGAGUUCUCAAAGGUAGCGAGUGCAUCUACAAAUAGUGAAUACAUCUGAAAUAAAUAUUUUUGUGCAGUGACAACACUUUGGUGAGUACCAAAAUAGUAAUGCAAGGAUGACAUAUUGAGUGUUUCACUUGACAAUCGUUGUUUUAAAUAUGAUGGUGACUUCAAGUGAUUCUCUGCAUUGUGAGCAGCAGUGAUCUAUGUAUAUGUGAUCUGAACCCUGAACCUUAAAUCAUGAAUAGAUAUAUUUGUAAUGUGAGGGUACAAAGCAGGAGACUGGCUGAGAUCAAUUAACUCAUAAAUCAAGGUUUCUCCUCUGUUCUUUUAUCUGCAUGACUCCUCGAUUGAGCAUCACUUAAUACUGUUUCUGAAUGUAUCUUUUAUUUUAAGGGAAAAGUAGAAUGAAUUGGGCUCUGAGUGUGGGAUUACCACAAUCAAAUCUAAAAAGAUGGGUUAUUGCAAAUAAUUGCAAUGUCUUUAAAGCUUGCUUCUUGUUCUAAUAACUGUUACCCCCCACAUAAUGGUAGCCAAUCUAUUUCAGUAAAUGGUGGGGAUGAAUGUCUAUUUUGGAUAUUUAUGGACCCUGUCCUGGCUUUGUGGACAGAGGAAGUGGCAACAGAUGAAGUGAUAAACCUCAAGAGUCCUAUUUCUCCUGUAGAAAAGGGGCCUGUUCAGUUGUUAAUUAUUUUAUAUUACUGGCAAGGACAGUUUAACAGUAAGAAAUUUAAUUUUUCUAAUUGUUUAAAACAAUUUAGUGCAAUUGUUAUGAUUUGUAACUCGCACCAAUACAACAGUUUACAUAUUAAGGAAACCAGCCAUGCUUUUGUACUUGUAAGUAGCUAAAUAACGCAGGCCUGUUUCUCUUGCCCUACCUAGUGAUUUGAAGAUGAUGGGAUUUCUUUUGUCACAUGACAGGAAGAGUACAGCAGCUUUGUGGUCCAUUCAAUUAUAUAUCAGAAAGGACAACUGAUACAGGAAGCAUUUUGCUAGUUCGGUAUAGCACUGAAUGCAGCAUUCAUGCGCUUAUAAUUGAACAUAUUGGGGAUAUUGUUUAAAGCUGCCUUGGUUACAUCACUGACUCUCCUUUUUCCUAGAAUAGAAAUGUUGCUUGUUGGGAUCAAACAGUCCAUUGCAAUGUUGAGGUACUAGCUAAAUGUUAACAUUAGAAUCUGUUUUUCCCCGGUAUUGGUAGAUGGUCUGUGCACAAUAAGGAAACACUUUUUUUCACGAAGCUGUGAUUUCUAUAAACAAGCAAAUCAAUAUUUCAAUUUAUAACCUAUGUUCACUAUCAAAUGUAUAAACACCUUGGAUAGGCACUACAAAAUCCCUUGUUUUGAUUUGUCCCAGAUUAAACUAAAAUAGUUUGUUAUACAGGGACACAGAACUUUGAUAACUUUGCUUUUAUCAAAAGUCCAGCUGAUCUCUCUGCAACAUUCUUAGCUUUGUUUGUCAGUGUAGUCCAGUGUAUUUUUCUCAUGGCAGGAAUUGUUUUUACUUAGCCCAGUGCAUUUUUUUAAAUAUAUGUGCCAGUCCAGCAAUUUGUUAUUUUCCUGAGAUGUUUAGGGAAGAAACAACAUUGAACGUAUGGCAGUUGUUUUAGAUUCCCCUGCAUGCUACAGUAGGCUGAAGAAGGGGGUAAUUGUUAUUUUCCUUGCUUCAUAUUUUUGUAUCUAUACACUUUGCAUGUAUGCAACAGAUCAAUACUGUAUUACACACCAUCACUUUUAGUCUCAGCCUGACUUUGGAGUCUGUUGUUUUUUCUAGUUGACUCAUUGGGGUUUACAGAACAGUAGAGCUGUUGGGGUGAUCUGUUUUAAACAAAUUUCUCCCCCACUCCACCAUCCACAGCACUGAGCAUUCUUAAACUAGCAUGUCUGCAGUUAUGCUAAAUCUAAAACAGUACAAAUGCAUACUUUAAUAUGCAUAUGACUACAGAAAUUAAAAUUAUUUUCAGAGUUGUAAUAUGGGUCUAAUUUGUGAGUUUUGCUAACCACUGUACAGGGGGAAUUCCAUGUGCCCCUGAUUAGUAAUUAACUAAUUAUUCUAUUUUUCAUGUAUUCAUUCAUUAAGAGCACCGGUUAGCUCAACCUGCAACUUAGACCACUGUCAGCUUCAUUUGUAAAAGUGAGCCAUAGAAACGUGCCUCGAUGAUCAAACAGUGCAUGCUCCAAAAAUAUUUUCUUUAUGUUGGAAUUUGUAGGAAUUCAUGCUUAAAUUGAAGUUUAUUUGUAAAUAUUGUUAAGAUCUUUUUCAUUAAAAAAAGUAUCCUUUUGUCUUCAUUAGCUUGUUCUAAAUUAUUUCAAAUGUACUUUAAAUCAUUGAUGAAAAUACCAGAUUGUUUUGUUCAAUGCAUUGCUUUAUCUUGCACAUUUGGGAAGUGUAACUUAAUGUUUAAUGGUACUGGAUGUAUAUAAAUGUCUGUAAAUGGGAAAUGAUGUAACAGUCAUAAGUACAAGGUUUCCUUUUGUAAUUUAAUACAAAUAUUAUGAAAUUGACUACGUAUCACAGUUAAAGAAAUCAGGUCACUGUCCACAAGAUGUGUACAUUUUUGAUAUGUAAUAUUUGUACUUUGAUUUCCAUGCAUAGUGUAAUUCAAUGAACUGUUUGUAAUUUAAAUGCACUAUGGAUAUUUAAUAUUGAAUAAAGUCAAAAGGAUUAAUUUACAUACA